CAAUUUUUUAAAAUAAAUUAAAGAAAUAAAUAGGCUUUUUUUUUUUUUUAACGUUCUUUUACAUGCUAUUCCAGAAUAGUGACUUUAACAGGCUUUUCUUCUGGAGGACUUUAGUCGAUUAAUUAGCAUCACAACAGCUUCUCACGCGCUCGACCACCGUAAAAUCACACAAUUGCAAAUAAUGACAAGCUCUGAUACAAAAAAACUACACGGCUCUUCAGAAAAGGGCACAUUUUAACCAGAUGCAAUGCAAUAAAUGGCAAAGGAAGCGUGUCACCCACUGAGACACAUUCAGAUGUUAAAGCGUGUAAAGGAGGAGUUUUAGAGCUUGGUUUAAACUCACUGAGAUCCUUGAACAUGUUGAUUUGACACGCGUCUGUCUGAGCUGUAGAUAAGCGCUGUGAGCUGAUGGAGAUGCUCAGAUAUCACAGGACUGAGUGAGUUACACGGUCACACUUACUGGCUGCUGUUUAACUGACCGUCAGCAUGCAUGAAGAAACAGGCAGUUCACCAGUGCAGAGAAAAACCUCUUUUUCCAUCGCAGACAUCCUGGAUCCCUCCAAAUUCACCGGGAAGAUCAGGAGACGCAGAGAGACAUCAGGACGCAGGAAAUCUCCAGUGAUUAAACUUGCAUCUCAAGACGCAGCAGAUUCAAACAUCCCCAGCGUUUCUGGUGCGAAGGGGAAAUCGAAGCGCAUGCGCACUGCGUUCACACUGGAUCAGCUGCGCAUCCUGGAGCGAAGCUUCCAGAACAGCCACUAUCUGUCGGUGUUUGAGCGCCACUGCAUCGCCACAGGCCUCCGUCUGUCCGAAACACAGGUCAAGAUCUGGUUUCAGAACAGACGCACCAAAUGGAAGAAGGAACAAGAAGGUCAUGGAGGAGAGGAGCAGAACCAUUGCGCACAUCGGGCAUUUAUGUAUGCGCUGCCUGGACAUCACGCAAAUCCUGUGCAUUAUUACACACCACAAACACCUUACCAGCACCACACCCUCAUGAUGUUCUGA